AUGGGGAACGGGGUGGACGUGGCCCCAUGGCUGGGGGGCGAUGCGCAGCUGGGUGGGGCAGUGGGCGACUGCCACCAGCAGCUGAUGCUCCAUGAGGACGGCUCCUGCUUCGGCUUCUUCCCCCAGGAGCUGCCCUGGAGGGAAGCCGAGGUCUUCUGCCGGAAGCUGGGCGCUGGGAUCCACCUGGCCUCCAUCCACAGUGAGAGGGAGAACUACGCCGUCGCCGACCUCAUCUCCCGCUCGCAGCACUACAACGUGGACGAUGUCUGGGUCGGACUCCACAUGACCAUGAACUUCCGCUGGGAAUGGACGGACGGCAGCAAGGUGCAGUACCAGGCAUGGGACGAGCACGAGGGCCUCAAGAAGCACCUCUGCGUGGCUCUGGAGGCCACCACAGGUGGGCACAUGGGCCAGCAGUGA